GUUCUCACAGAGUUCACAACCGAGCCUACACAAAUAACACAAGAAUUGUUAAAGAAAAAUUUCAAUUAAAUAAUUAAAAAAGAAAAUGGCAUCAGACGAAGAAGAGGUGUACACGGAAGACGAAAUGAACGAGGCUUUGUUCUUCAUCAGGGAGCACGAGCUGCCCAUGUCGGAGCUGCGCUAUGCCCUCAAGUAUGUCCGGAUCCUGCACGGGUCGCGAUCCCAGGAGAAUCAGGUGGUGGAGGACCCGGUUACCCAGAUUCCAGAGGUGGAGCCGCCGCUUUUUAACUGGGAGGACAAGGAAAACCAACCCGUAGUCCGUCAACUAUGAAUGAUUAAAAUGGCUUAUGAGUUGUUUUUGAUUUGUAUUAACUACCUUCAGAUAUCAAGACAGAUCUGAGUAAAUGUUUGAAAGGCA